ACAAUCAAGCGGACGGCACACAGCUGUCUAAUUGAUUGUCAUGCUGAAGUCUGGACACGUUUUCCUGUGAUUCCGGCAGUUCAACGAGAAACUAUCUCGACUUCUAGCAAGAGAUGCCAAAAGACACUGCUUUUUGUUGCUGAUCGUGACCAUGAACGUUUCUCGCCCCACUUCUCCGAUAUGAUAAUCACAUUUGAACGGACCACAAGGAAGCCAACUGGAGAUCGACUGAAAACUAUCAUCGUGUCAUCCAUGCUGUCCAGUACAUUUUAUGACGAGCUGUCUCAGGGCAUAAAGGGGGAAUUUUCUCAGUUUCGAGCGGGAGAGUGGCUCGUCGAUUUACUCUGCCUCAUUCCCAUUCACCUUGCGAUCACCAAGGAGAAUAGAUUUGUCCCUCUUAAAGACGGGGUUUCUUCUGUAGAAUUGGAGAAGUCUUUGUUGGGCGCUGAAGUCGGCAGGAUUGUUGACGCCUUGUCAUUUGGGUGGUACGAGUCGAUUUUCGCAUCGUAUAUGGUAUCAAAGCCUGUGAAAGUUGUUUCUUCCAUGGGCGAGCAGUCAGUUGGAAAGAGUUUUGCACUCAAUCACCUUGUCGAUACGUCGUUUGCCGGAUCAGCUAUGCGCACUACGGAAGGUGUUUGGAUGUCGGUUACGCCUACGGAGGAAGCCCUAAUUGUGGCUCUUGAUUUUGAGGGUGUGCAUAGUAUUGAACGUUCUGCACAAGAAGACACACUGCUCGUUCUUUUCAACACUGCAAUAUCGAACCUGGUUCUCUUCCGAAAUAACUUUGCCCUUAGUAGAGACAUUACUGGUCUUUUCCAUUCCUUUCAAUCCAGCUCUACAGUUCUGGAUCCAGCAGCAAAUCCGACGUUGUUUCAAUCAACAUUAGUUAUAAUUAUCAAGGAUGUGGUCGACUCUGAUAAAGCAGAGAUUGCUCGCGAAUUCUCACUCAAAUUCCAAAAAAUUGUCCAGCAAGAACAAGGAGCAAAUUUUAUAUCGCGAUUGCACGCCGGAAAACUUAAUAUCAUUCCCUGGCCGGUGAUCGAGUCCAAAGAGUUUUAUAAGCUUUUUCCGAUGGUCAAAAAAGGAUUGGAUCGACAAGUUAUCACCCAUAAUACAGCUGGCGAAUUUCUACAUACGAUCAAGACACUGAUGGCGAAACUGAAGGCCAACGAUUGGGGCGCCCUGUCUCAAACGAUGGCUGCUCAUCGUGCCCAGGUGCUAUUGACGCUUCUUCCCAAUGCUCUAGCUUUUGGGUUUACAGAAAUUGAACCUGAAUGCGAGCCGCUCAAGAACAUGGAUACCGACAUGCUUGUUAAUAAACCUGAUACUACUUCCCAAUUCUUAUUGGCGACGGUCGGGGAGCUGCAAAACUCUGAACGGGAAAGGGCAUUGUCUACAUUACGAAUUAAAUGGGAUCGGCACUCAAAUCGUCAACUAAUCCUAGACACCGAUUGGGCAGAAGCACUCUCUAAGCAUCUAGAGCAUCUCGUAAAUAUGCGCAUCGACCAUGUGCAGGAGUGGAUUGCUUCCAAUAUCUCUCGAUUUCAAG